ACGUUGUUUUUUCAAGUAUCGUAAUAUAUUUCAAAGUGAUUAAAUGGCUACCAGAAGGCUCUGCCUUGUUCCAUGCAUUUUUGGAUUACUCCUCAACGCUUUAGUCGGUGUGACAACGGGAGCAGAGCUCUCCUUCACCCUGGAGCCCAGUGACAUCAUCGCGGUGCAGGAGCAGCCCCUAAUGCUGCACUGUCAGGUGGACGGUAUCCCACCAAUCACCACGCAGUGGAGGAGGAACGGAAUCCUCCUGGUGGAUGACCAAUACUACACCAUGUUCCACAACGGCACUCUGCUGAUUGGACGCUUCCAGAGGACCAAGUCUGACGGCUCAACUGAUGAAGGGGAUUAUGAGUGCAUGGGCCAGAACUCCUUUGGUCUGGUGGUGAGCCGCAGGGCCAGGGUGCAGGCCGCCACGAUGGCAGAGUUCCAUGUCCAGCCGCGGUCAGUGCGUGCGGAGGAGGCGGGCGUUGGGCGGUUCCAGUGCCAGAUUCACGGCCUGCCUGAGCCUGCCAUCAGCUGGGAGAAAGAUGGCCGCUCCGUGGACACUAAGGAUGAGAGGUAUACCCUGCUCCCCACUGGUGUUCUGCAGAUCACCGGUCUGCGUCAGGAGGAUAGUGGUGUGUUCUGCUGUGUGGCCCACAACAGUGCAGGAGUAAAGCACAGUACCGGGGCUCGCCUCACCGUCUCAGUCUCCCAGUCUUCUGUUUACAAAGAGCCCAUGAUCCUCGUGGGUCCUGAAAACCUCACUCUCACCGUUCACCAGACGGCCAUCUUGGAAUGUGUUGCUACAGGAUAUCCCCGCCCCAUCGUGUCAUGGAGCAGGCUUGAUGGCCGUCCGAUAGGUGUGGAGGGCAUCCAAGUGCUGGGUACAGGGAACCUGAUGAUCACAGAUGUCGGGGUCCAGCACUCUGGUGUCUACGUCUGCGCUGCCAACAAACCAGGGACCCGUGUACGCAGAACCGCUCAGGGACGUCUGGUGGUCCAAGCCCCGGCAGAGUUUGUGCAGCCUCCCCAGUCCAUCUCCCGGCCGGUGGGCACCACUGCUAUCUUCACCUGCCAGGCGCAGGGUGACCCUGUGCCAAAGCUCACCUGGCUGAAGAACGGCCAGAUCCUGGAGCCCGGAGGGCACGUCAAACUCAGGAACAACAACACCACGCUGACCAUCUAUGGCAUCAGUCAGGAGGACGAAGCCAUCUACCAGUGCAUCGCUGAGAACAGCGCCGGCUCCACCCAGGCCAGUGCCCGUCUCACCGUGCUGUGGGCAGACGGCCUGCCAGGGAUGCCCAGUGUGGUGCGGGCCGAGGCCCUCUCACCCAACGCCAUCCAGGUGUCCUGGAAGGAGUCCGCCCAGAACACUCAGGAGAUCAUCGGCUACGUGCUCCACAUCCGCAGGACCACAGACCCUGUGGAGAUGGAGUACCAGGAAGCCGUCAGUAAGGUGACUCUACAGCAGGUCGUGGGUGAUCUGGAGCCCUCCACCGGCUAUACCUUCUAUGUGAAGGCCUACACGUCCCGCGGAGCCAGCAAGCCCUCCGAGAGCGCCACCGAGAGCACACUGGGCGAAGUGCCAGCACCCCCGUCACUGUUCAUUAAAUUGGUGAACAGCAGUGUGGUGCAGGCCGUGUGGGAGCCAUCCUCUAAGAUGGGCCAACAUGAGGGCUUCAGGCUGUACUACAGGAGGGUCCACACCCCCAUCUUCACCGGACCACUCACCUUCACCCGCAACGUCACCCAGUACAACAUCACCCAGCUGGAUCCAACCCUGGUGUAUGAGAUUAAGGUUCUGGCCUUCAACCAACACGGAGACGGCAACGCCACCAUGCGCUUCGUCUCACUGAAGGAGGCUGUGGAGAAAUCAGUGCUGAACACCCCCUGUGACUGUGUGAAGGAUGAACAGAGCAAGACCUCUACAGCCGGCAUCAUCAUCGGCAUCCAUAUAGGAGUCACCUGCAUUGUUUUCUGCGUGCUUUUCCUCAUGUUCAGCUACAGGGGGAGGUUGAUGACGUGUAAGACAGUGCAGGCCACCCCCCAGGCCGGGCGUAACAUUUCCCUAGAAUCGUCGUCCUCCUCCCAGGGGGCCCUGGCCUUAAAUGGGGUGAGCAGGUCAGGCAUGGAAGGGAACGGAAGCGUUGCUGGGAAGAGCAGGGGAGACAGUAACGAGCUAGAGAGACUCUUCUCAGGCCCAUCCCAGGAUAGAUCCCUGGUGUCCUGUGCGCUGAAUGAGACCCAGUUGUCCACUCUGCCGUUGGAUGACUUCAGCCUUGUGGAGGAGGACAGAGAGACGCAGUUCCAGAGGCCUCCAGCAGAGGGCCGGGGGAAACAGGAGAAAGCGAGCUACAUAUUGUAGGAACUUAGCGAAAACGAUUACAGCAAUAUCUCAUUGUUGACAUGUCUGACGGUGUAACCGACGAACAAGGCCUGUUGAGGGAUUGGCCUUUGUGUCAUGCUGUAACACCACACAGUUCAGAUGUAUUGAUCUGUUAAUAUGUGCUGUAUUGAUCACUGUGGCACCAAAUGACUAUACUUUUGAUUGUAAAUUGAUUACAUUUCUGGUGCUGUUAUCUCUCAGAUAUUCUCCCCCCCCCAAAAAAACUCGCUGACUGUACAUGUCAGAUAAUGCUGAUUUGAAGAUUUUCAAAUAAUUUGAAUUCUUGUCAUUUAGUGGUGAAUUAAUGGAAUUGUAACUUAAAGCAUGUUUGAGAUCAGUAGUAUAUUUGCACCUCUGUCGAGAAACACGUUAACUCCAAUGUAUUUCAGCAUGGCCACUGAGAGAAGUCAUGUUUUUCAAACCAUAUCUUUCUCAGCUAUUCGCAAAUGUUGCUGUUUUAGCAGGCUGCUAAAGUGCUAGUUUAUCAUUAUUGGAUUUGUGAUGGUGACACUGUGACAUUUAGCCAUUGGAAUAGGGCAAAUAUUGUCAUCUUACCAUGAUGCUAUUGAUGUUUCUAUUCCACACCGUUGGUCUACAUAUUUGCCAGUGUUUAUUUGCUGCAACUGUUUCUACUCAGAAAGACAUCAUUAUGUAUCAUAUUGACUGCUUGUUGAUCCUCUUCAUAUCAUCGUACCUGUUAUUAUGACUCACAUUGUCUUGUUUGAUCCCUUUUCCACCACUAAGAGAUGUAAUUGAUUCACCGUCAAACCGUCAAAUCGAGUUCAUGGUCACUAAACCGUGGAGACAAUAAAGCAUGAACCUCUCCAUACAAACAUUUUAUCAACAUGUGUUCGUGUUAAAGCUGUGCUUUAGAGAAGCAUGCGCUUAUGGAAAUACACACAGAGUAUGCACAGCUUUAAUCUACAGUACAGACCUGCGUUGUUACGGCAUCAGCAAGGAUACGAGAGCUGCUUGUAUCUCCAGGUAAACUUGUGCCAACUUACUGUAGCUACAGUUGAGCUUACACAGGUGGUAUUACUGUCAUAUUUGAUCUCCUCUUACCCAGUUUGGUUGGCAAUACUGACUGUAUCCCUCCUCAUGUCCUCACAAACCUGUGGCAUUCUCUCCACCAGGCACAGAAGCCUCCAGGCACAUCGCACAGGGCAAGGGGAAAAGGCUUUCUCAUACAGUUAUUAUGUGUACGACUGUCAAAGUCAUUGUUGCUACUGCUGCUACCAUGCCAUUGGGUUAUGGUAUCGCUGCCAGGGUGCUAACCUAAACCAAAUGCCAAAUUUUUAUUUUAUUUUUUAUUUACCUUUAUUUAACCAGGCAAGUCAGUUAAAGAACAAAUUCUUAUUUUCAAUGACAGCCUAGGAACAGUGGGCUAACUGCCUGUUCAGGGGCAGAACGACAGAUUUGUACCUUGUCAGCUCGGGGAUUCAAACUUGCUACCUUUCGGUUACUAGUCCAACGCUCUAACCACUAGGCUACCCUGCCGCCCCAGACAGUUUCUAUAGCCUCACUGUACUUUUAAUGGGGGCAGAGGCGCCUCGGUUUUUAGAGCUUGUGUUGGGUUUGAUAUAGGGACAGAGCUGGUGUGAUGAGAAUAGCCAGGCUGUGGAGAAGGAACUAAGAGAGCACAAACCUGUACAGUAUAGUAUAAUCAGCUGCAUAUUGUCUGUGGGGAGCUGUUCAGUCACAUCUGUCUGUCUGCCUGUCUGUCUGUCGGUCUAUACGUCUGUCCGUCUAUAUGUCUAUCCGUCUAUAUGUCUGUCUGUAUAUAUGUCUGUCUGUGUAUCUGUCUGUCUGGCUAUAUGUCUGCUGUGGUCAGUGCCUCUGCCUGCCCAAGUGUCCCACAAUCAAAUUCAGGUCAAUAUGAAAUGAUUUUAAAAGAUUUUAGAUCAUUUUUCCCAUCAGGGAUCACUUGUACGUGUCCACAAAUGUGUGUUCUCUAUGAUACAGUAUCUGUAGUUGGUCGUGAUGGUUGGUCGUGAUUCACAUGUGUAUACAUAUGUAUAAUACUGUAUGUAUGUGUAUAUGUGUAUAAAGACAGACUAGAUAUUUUUUAGUGGUUUGUAUUGUUUUAGAAGUCAUUGUGCCACGCUGAUUAAAGGCAAAAGACGACAACAACAAUGUUAAUAAACUAGCUCUAGUAAUUAAAA